GUUUGUUUAGCAGAAUGCUAAUGACUGCCUAAUUUCUUUCUAAAUUCCCCCGAUAACGAAUUUCUUCAAUCUUAAAAAUUCUCUACCGAUUUAAGUUAUAAACGCUCCAAGGUUAAGGGGCUAAAACCUUUUCUUCAACAUUCUAAUACGAUGGCGGACCAACAGCAAUUCUUUUUAAAAUGGAACGAUUUCCAAAGCAAUAUGGUUACUUCUUUUCGGCAUUUACGAGAUGAAAAAAGUUUCACCGACGUUACUUUAGCUUGCGAGGGGCAAACUUGUAAAGCUCAUAAAAUGGUACUAUCCGCAUGCAGCCCGUAUUUUAAAAGCUUAUUAGAGGAAAAUCCUUCAAAACAUCCGAUAAUAAUCCUUAAAGAUGUUGCUUACAGUCAUUUACAAGCAAUUUUAGAAUUUAUGUACGCUGGUGAAGUGAACGUAAGUCAAGAACAAUUACCUGCCUUCUUAAAAACAGCAGAUCGACUAAAAGUGAAAGGGUUAGCAGAGGCUCCUCCAGCAAUAAAACAUGAAUAGUUUUCACAAUUUGACUGUUUAAAGCUUUUUUCUUUAUAAAAAAUGUACUUUAAAUUUAAAUCUUACAAUGAAAUUAGGUUUGCAUAUUUUCCAUAUCGAAUUACUUGAUCAUUUAUUUUUUUCUUUUCUUUUAGUGAUGGUUUAAUUAUUUAAAGUUUAACUUGU